AUGCUAGGGGGUGCAGUAGCACAUUCCCGUACCCCAUCCAAAAAGAAGGGGUUGCUGCAGCACCCACAGCAGCAAACCCCUCCCCACGUCACAGCAGCAAACCCCUCCCCACGUCACAGCAGCAAACCCCUCCCCACGUCACAGCAGCAAACCCCUCCCCACGUCACAGCAGCAAACCCCUCCCCACGUCACAGCAGCAAACCCCUCCCCACGUCACAGCAGCAAACCCCUCCCCACGUCACAGCAGCAAACCCCUCCCCACAUCACAGCAGCAAACCCCUCCCCAGGUCACAGCAGCAAACCCCUCCCCACGUCACAGCAGCAAACCCCUCCCCAUGUCACAGCAGCAAACCCCUCCCCACGCCACAGCAGCAAACCCCUCCCCACAUCACAGCAGCAAACCCCUCCCCAUGUCACAGCAGCAAACCCCUCCCCAAGUCACAGCAGCAAACCCCUCCCCACGUCACAGCAGCAAACCCCUCCCCACGUCACAGCAGCAAACCCCUCCCCACGUCACAGCAGCAAACCCCUCCACACGUCACAGCAGCAAACCCCUCCCCACGACUCAGCAGCAAACCCCUCCCCACGUCACAGCAACAAACCCCUCCCCACGUCACAGCAGCAAACCCCUCCCAUUGUCACAGCAGCAAACCCCUCCCCACGUCACGGCAGCAAACCCCUCCCCAGGUCACAGCAGCAAACCCCUCCCCAUGUCACAGCAGCAAACCCCUCCCCACGUCACAGCAGCAAACCCCUCCCCAUGUCACAGCAGCAAACCCCUCCCCAUGUCACAGCAGCAAACCCCUCCCCACGUCACAGCAGCAAACCCCUCCCCACGUCACAGCAGCAAACCCCUCCCCACGUCACAGCAGCAAACCCCUCCCCAUGUCACAGCAGCAAACCCCUCCCCAUGUCACAGCAGCAAACCCCUCCCCAAGUCACAGCAGCAAACCCCUCCCCACGUCACAGCAGCAAACCCCUCCCCACGUCACAGCAGCAAACCCCUCCCCACGUCACAGCAGCAAACCCCUCCACACGUCACAGCAGCAAACCCCUCCCCACGUCUCAGCAGCAAACCCCUCCCCAUGUCACAGCAGCAAACCCCUCCCCACGUCACAGCAACAAACCCCUCCCCACGUCACAGCAACAAACCCCUCCCCACGUCACAGCAGCAAACCCCUCCCAUUGUCACAGCAGCAAACCCCUCCCCACGUCACGGCAGCAAACCCCUCCCCAGGUCACAGCAGCAAACCCCUCCCCAUGUCACAGCAGCAAACCCCUCCCCACGUCACAGCAGCAAACCCCUCCCCAUGUCACAGCAGCAAACCCCUCCCCAUGUCACAGCAACAAACCCCUCCCCACGUCACAGCAGCAAACCCCUCCCCACGUCACAGCAGCAAACCCCUCCCCACGUCACAGCAGCAAACCCCUCCCCAUGUCACAGCAGCAAACCCUCCCCAUGUUAUACAAGCCUGA